AAGCAGCUUAUAAAUAAUUAGGGCAGCGCCCAAACUCCGCCUCGCUGCUUCCGGUUGUCCAUCCUCCUCCGGAUCCAUGGCUUCUCUUGAUACCGACGUCGACAUGGUUCAAGGCGGUGAAGGUUCAAUCGUCGCCGACGUUGUGUCGCCGUCUUCCAUCGCUUCCUCCUCUAGUAAAAAGCCAAAGAGGUUCGAGAUUAAGAAAUGGAACGCUGUCGCCCUCUGGGCCUGGGAUAUCGUGGUGGACAACUGCGCUAUUUGUAGGAAUCACAUCAUGGAUCUCUGCAUCGAGUGUCAGGCUAACCAGGCAAGUGCGACUAGUGAAGAGUGCACAGUGGCUUGGGGGGUUUGCAAUCAUGCCUUCCAUUUCCAUUGCAUCAGCCGUUGGCUCAAAACUCGUCAAGUCUGCCCCUUGGACAACAGUGAGUGGGAGUUCCAGAAAUAUGGCCACUAGAAUAGCUGUUGCUGUGCACAAGGUGCCUCCGUCACUGUAUGGAUUCUCUGCUGUUCUGAUCAUCCAGAGAUACAAAAAAUCGUAUUUGCUUCACUCGCAAUUAGUGUUUUUUUUUGUUAUGCCAACUUGCUGAAAAAUUCUCCAAUACAAACUUAUUUUCAUGGCGGGGAAAGUCCUUGUUAUGUUGUGGUUUAACGCUCUACUAUUGCAUUCCUUGUUCAGUUGGAAAUAUGUUUUAAUAUAACAAAAUGUUUGUCCUGUA